GGGCCGGAAGCGGCCGGGCCGGGCGGCGAUGGCGGCGAGGGCCGCGCUGCUGCUGCUUCUCAUGGCGGCGGUGGCGCCGGGCCCGGCCCAGGGCUCGCAGGGGGACCGGGAACCGCUGUACCGGGAGUGCCUGAGCCGCUGCGAGCGGCAGAACUGCUCGGGGGCGGCACUGCGGCACUUCCGCGCCCGCCAGCCGCUCUACAUGGGCCUGACAGGCUGGACGUGCCGCGACGAGUGCCAGUACGAGUGCAUGUGGCAGACGGUGCGGCGGUUCCAGCAGCGCGGCCACCGCGUGCCGCAGUUCCACGGCAAGUGGCCCUUCUCGCGGUUCCUGUUUUUCCAGGAGCCCGCCUCCGCCUUCGCCUCCUUCCUGAACGGGCUGGCCAGCCUGGUGAUGCUGCAGCGGUACCGCGCCGCCGUGCCCCGCGCCGCCCCCACCUACCCCACGUGCGUCGCCUUCGCCUGGGUCUCCUUAAACGCCUGGUUCUGGUCCACCGUGUUCCACACCAGGGACACGGCGCUGACAGAGAAACUGGAUUAUUUCUGUGCUUCAGCUGUCGUCCUGCACUCCGUGUACCUGUGCUGUGUCAGGACGCUGGGGCUGCAGCGCCCGGCCUUAAUCAGCAUCUUCAGAGCCUUCCUCCUGCUCUUCCUCGCCGGCCACAUCUCCUACCUGAGCCUCGUGCGCUUUGACUACGGCUACAACCUGGUGGCCAACGCUGCUGCUGGGAUGCUGACGGUGGCGUGGUGGCUGCGCUGGUGCGUGCGGCAGGGCCGGCGGCUCCCGCACGUGUGGAAAUGCGCGGCCGCGGUGCUGCUGCUGCAGGCGCUGGCGCUGCUCGAGCUCCUCGACUUCCCCCCGCUGCUCUGGGUGCUGGACGCCCACGCGCUCUGGCACAUCGGGACCAUCCCCCUCAAUGUGCUCUUCUACAGUUUCCUGAUGGACGACAGCCUCUACCUCCUGAAGGCCAACUCCGACCUCUUCAAAGUGGACUAGAGCUGCUGGGGGGGGUGGGCAGACCCCCCCCGUGCCCCCCCAGGGCCCUGCCCUGCCCUGUGCCAAGAGACCUCCCAC